AAAAAGGAAAAAGAAAAAGAAAAGAUGAUAUUGGGGGCACAAACUCACAUUUGUUUCGGCACAAAGUCCUCUCCCAAAUCACACAAAUCGAGUAAAAAAUGGGCAUCUCUCUCAGCAACACCGCCCGCCGGCGAGCCCCGACUCACCCUUACGUCCACCACCACCACCACACGGUGAUGAACUACUACGGCUCAUAUCCUGCGAACCCUUCCCCUUAUCCUGCGCACCCCGCUUCUUCUCCCCUCGCGUAUUACCCCACGUACCACACUUCUAAUGCUUACACUGUCUGCAAUAACCCUAACCCGCUUGUCGGCCAGCCCUAUUUCGGCGGUCCUUUUGAGCUGCAGCAGGCGCUGCCGCAGCCUCGAGAUGCAGCGGCGGUGCUGCCGCCCUGCGGCGAGCAGAAGGCGGCGAAAGUUGUGAAUAGCGACGUGAACGUGCAUAAAGAUACCUUGAGGCUCGAGGUUGAUGAGCUGAACCCGGAUCAAUGCCUGGUUUCGUUUAUUUUUGAUGCUUUGGUAGACGGGAGCAUCACGAUCUGUUAUUUUGCGAAGGAAGAACCCCAGCGCCAAUUUGUUUCGUUAUUUCCCGAAACUUAUGUCCCCAUAAAAGUUCCUUUCAGGAAGGGCCUUCGCCAGGAAUUUAGACAGCCGUUAGGAACAGGCAUCGACCUGCGUUUUUUCUCCUUGUACGAUCUUUCGAAUCCAUCAUCCAGAGACGAUGUGUUUCCCAUAGUAAUAUCUGCUGACACGUGCCUUAGCCCGUAUAUGUUUGACGACAGAAACUAUGUUCUGGCACAUACAUCACCUCAGAUGCAGAUAACUCAGGUGGCUGUGAUGAAAAAUAAUGAUGGACAAUUUGCUGCUAAGGUAAUCAGACAGCUAUUAUGGAGUGAUGAUACCUGUUACGAACUGCGGGAUAUAUAUGGGCUGGGAAAAUCGGGCCAGGGCUGUAGUGACAGUGGGUCAGGGAAAGACUGCGUGAUUUGCUUGACUGAGCCAAAGGAUACAGCUUUGCUUCCUUGCAGACAUAUGUGUAUGUGCAGCAACUGUGCGAAGACACUGAGGCUUCAGUCAAACAAGUGCCCAAUCUGCCGCGAAAUUAUUGAGUCUCUCCUGGAAAUCAAGACUGAUAAUACCGAGAGUGAGGUUUAUUCUCUCUCGUUAAUUUCAUGAUAAAUUUGCUGAGUCUUCUUGGUUCGAGGCUCAUGCCAUUGUGUUGUGAGUACAUUUCCAAUUUCUUGCAACUGUCUAUAUUUCUUCUUUGCAGUAAAAUCCAGGAUUGUCCUUAAGAAAUUUGAAAUCUCGUUGCCCGGUUGCUGCCCGAUUGUUUAUCACAGGAUAUUAAGAUAUGUAUACUAAGCAGUCACCAAUAUAGUUUGCUUUACAGGGAACAAUUUGUUUGUUUGCUUGAAUAUAGUUUUUAAUUUCUUUUUCGUGUCACAUUAAUGACGAAAAUAUGUUACGCUCCAUUUCAUUGGGUUUGAUGCCUUUUGAGUUUCAUCGUCAUUUAGAAGUAGUGUUUAUUUAGCCGAAGUAUUUCAUUUGCAGCAUAAGGUAUACAAGUAAGAUGGUACUGGUGCAAAAUGUAGCGAAUUGUUUAUCGUGUUUACUGAAUAACUGGUGCACAAACUUUACGUUUUAAUGUUCAUUACAACAUACCGAAGUAGAAGUUGGCAUCCACAAACACUAGAAAGAAAUCUUUUUCAGCCAGCAGUUGACUAUGAUGUUUAUAUAUUUUUGUAAUUUGAUGUUUGUAUAUAUAUUUUUUAAUUUGUGUUUAAUACUUAAUUUGUGUUUGGC